GCGAUGCCCCUCCGGAACAGCGGGGGCCGCCGCGGCUACUUCGGGGCCGCGCCCGCGGGCGCCCGCACGCUGGCGGAGAGCUCGGCGAAGGAGAAUGCCGUCCACAUUUCCCAGGAGGCGAAGAGCAGCUUGAUAUCCUUGAGACAGCUGCGGGCAACGCGCGAUCCCGACAGCAGCUGCUUCUACAUCGACUGUUUCGCCGACGUCCGCGGGAUGUCCACGUCCACCAGCCCUCAAAGAGGCGCGGAGAUCGCCAUGGUCCUGGAGAGCGGCGCGGAGACCAAGGCGCGCACCAAGAGCCUCAUGCCGUUCGCGGACUUCAGGGCACAGCUGGAGAGCUACUCGGUGGACACCUCCAGGUUCGGGCAGGGCGACGCCAAGACGCUGCAGGAGUUCUACGACGCAGUCGUCCAGGAGGACACGUCGUAUCUGGUGUCCGUGAACGGCCGGCUUGAGCGGGUGGUGGAGCUGGUGAGCAUCUCGGUGAGGGUCCAGGGUGCCGACAGAAAGCUGCGGGAGCUGAGAAUAAAGUUCGAGAGCACGGCUGCUGGCGGGCAGCGGCAGAGGGACCAGCCCCUCGCCGUGGUGCUGCACAAGGCCGACGGGGGCAAGUGGCAGCGGGCGGUCGCCCGCUGCUUCGAGCGCAAGUUCGGCCUGGGCGAGGCGCAGCAGGCGAGGCUGUUCGACCUGGGGUCCAGCGCGUACUCCUUCGCGUCGGAGAGCUCCUACUCCAAGACGAUCCCGGGCAUUCCCACCACCUACAAGAAGCACACCGUGGUGAUCGACGUCACGCCCCAGGCCGCCGCCGAGCUGCACUGGAUGGGCCUCCCGAGCUGCGCCGACUUCGUCACGGGAACGAAGGACGCUCUCGGGGGCAUGCCCGAGGUUGUGAAGAAAGUGUCCUCAGCCAAGCCCGAGGUUGUGAAGAAAGCGUCGUCGGUCAAGGAUGGCCCGAGGGGCACAUCCGAGGCUAUGAAGAAGGCCGAGGCGGGCAUGGCACUCUUCAAGGACAGGGACAAGGCCGAGUUGCAGGUGGACAGGUCCGCCGCGGAGGCCUUCAAGGCGUCGCACGAGGCCGUGUUAGCAGAAAAGCAGAAGGUCGUCGACUCGCUGACCGGCAAAGACAACAAGAAGAAGCGCACUGCGAUGAGCAAGGAACUGUCCGACCUCAAGGUCGACAAGCAGUAUAUCGACGCCUGCAAGGUGGCGAAGGGCCUUGACCCAGUGAACGGCUUCUUCCUUGGGGCGACUACUGAGCAGGAGGAGACAGUCAUGGCCGUGGCCUCAACGCCAGCCGAAGAGGCCGAGCGCAAGGUCGAGGCGGAGGGCGUGGCUGAGGCCGAGCGCGUGGCAGAGGCCGAGCGCUUGGCGAAGGAGGAGGCCGAGCGCGUGGCGGAGGCCGAACGCAAGGCCAAGGAGGAGACUGAGCGCAUGGCGAAGGAGGAGGCCCAGCGCGUGGCGGAGGCUGAGCGCGUGGCGGAGGCUGAGCGCAAGGCCGAGGCCGAGCGCGUGGCGAAGGAGGAGGCCGAGCCGCGCGGCGGAGGCCGAGCGCACUGCGAAGGAGGAGGCGGAGCGCGUCGAGGAGGCCGAGCGCGUGGCAGAGGCGGAGCGCAAGACGAAGGCGGUGGCAGUUCCCGAGCCUCCGGCCGAGCCCCUCUCAGCCAGGGGCGCGGGGGCGUCCACCCCCAGAAGUCCGUUUCCCGCUCCCGUGGAUGCAGAGACGGACGCAGCCGUGGCGGGCCCAGCGGACGCGGCGGCGGGUGCACCUGCGGACAAGCCGGCUCACCUCCCGGACGCGUCCCAGAUGGCCGCCGGCCCGGACGACGGACACAAGUACAAGACGAGCGAGGGUCGCAUGGGAGAUUGCCAAUGCAUCAUCGCUUGAGGCUCCCUCUCGGGGACGUUCCGUCCUGCGACCUGACCUCUCGCGCCCCGCUCCUUCGUCCAGAGAGCCUUGCCGUGGGCUGCCACCGAAUACUCAUCACCGCCACCCCUCCCCUCCUCGGGGGGGCGAGGCCCGACGCCGCGGGAGGCAGCACACAGGCUUUUUUUUUUGUUUGA